UGAUUACGCGGCGGCGGUGCGCAUUCUUUCUCACGAGUCUCGGUUGCUUGCAUGGCGAAAGGCAUUUCAUUCUUGUUUCCAUCAUGAGUUCGUUAGAAGCGCAGGUCGACGCCGUCAAGGCUGCUUUGGCGCCAUCGUCAACAUGCACACCGUCAACAAUCACCACAUUACGGCGGCUUCUGCAGUCGAAAGAUACAGACAAGCUGAAGACGACGACAGCGACGCCAGCCAAGACACCAAAGACACCAUCGAGAGCUAGGAAAACUGCGCCGAAAGAGGAAACGCUGGAUGUGAAGGAGCAGAGUGCUCUGGCGACCUUUGUCGUCAAUAGUACAUUGAAGACCCUGUCAGAAGCCUCGAAGACACAGCCGAAACCCUCGAAACCAGAAUCGUCGAACCCCGAGCCCCGGAAAGGUCUGCGACGGUCUCUUUCUACGCCUCUCAGCCCAGCCCAAGCACGCACAUUGAACCGAACAGCGACAAUGCCCAUUGAUGCGACAAAACCCACAAAGAGCACUUCAGCAUCUCCGAGCAGCAAAUAUGCCCCCGUGGCAGAGUGUGCACGAAUUGCGUUUGCAUGCCUUCGCAGAAUGAAGGGCGCGAUCGCCAAGGAUCAGGUCGAUUUCCAGUUGGAGACGGGCAUGGUCACUUUAGCUGCGAAGAUGCUGGCCGUGGGCUUGACCGACAUGGCAUACCAAGAGCUGAGGAUUUUGAAAUCGAGGCUCGAAAUGGAAGAGGUGGAGAGCGAAGCGACAGACAAUACGACGAGAGUCGAAGACCUUCUGCACUUCCAGACGGCCAUGUGCGAAAAGAGACUUCCAAUUGUGGCGAAUUGUCAAGUUCAGACUCUGAAAUUGAUAGCGUCUACUAAAAAGCCGACUCAGAUUGAAGGCUCGCUGCGGUAUUUGAAGAAAGAGUGCGACACCUCUCCCUCUCGAAUAUUGGAGAGGUACGCUGGGCAAGGUCCGAGUGACGCCCAGAAAGCCGCUCGACUGCUGGCACAAUACUCUUCCGCGCUUUUGUCACUGGCCCCGAGCAUCUCGAGCGCUGAGGAUUCCAAUGCUCUAGAGCCACGACUAAGCCCUUCCCCUGCAACAGCUUUCCAACUACAGACUAUCGCUUUCGAAUCGCAAAUUUCCUGGUGGAAACUUCUUGGUCACAAAGGCAAGCCUGAGGAAGAGCUUCUGGCGCCUUUCUCGCGGUGCCUUCGCUGCUUUGCGCGACGCGCUCCGACCGACCCUGCGACAUAUACACUCAUGUCUUCAGCUUUCAGUGGUAUCAAAGACGGCCUGCAAGCUCAAGGCUACACCCUUAGCGACUCCGAAAACUCGCCAAUGUACGUGAUACAUUCAUGCUUGGGAGCUAUGGCGCAUACCCAUCGACAGUACGCUGAUGCUGUGCGCUGGUACAACUCGAUACGAGACGUGCUACAGUCGCCACAGGAGCCGUCCGUGCGGAUUUGCUCUCUCUCAGCCCGGAUCUUAGCAGCCAUUUUGAAAACCGAGAAGUCGGGGGAAAGCGAAGAGAAACUCGUGGCGAAUGUCAUUGAGAGCUUCAACGCGCCGUUGUGCGGCACCGGUGCGGAAGUGAACGAGCUUCUGGAAAGCCUCUCGUUGGCGCGGCGCUCGGUAGCUGGCCUGCUCAUGCAGAACUGGGACAGCAAAAGCGGGAUCUCAUCUCUUCUCAAAGAGCUCCUGAAAAAGUUCUUGCUGCAGUUUCCUCGAUUUGUGAGGCGUUGGCUUGGAACACCACCUUCUGGAGACACUUCCACGAAACAGAUGCUGCAAUUCGAUCAAAGGCGGCAGGCAGUCCAACCAUCUUUGUCCCAGGUCCUCGACGGAACACUGAUCAUCGUCAAAUCCGAGAUCGGGUCGGAUUGGCAGAUGCUUGACGAUGUCCUGCAAGACUGUACGACAUUGUUGAGAAACAGCCACGACCCUGCUCUGCCGCAAGCUAAACUCGAUCAGUUGGCAUCCUAUGAUGUGAAGAUCUCGAGCUUGUACUUCUCCAUCUACUCGCAAUAUCGCAAAACAAUCGAGAGCCCCAAGUCCAAGAAACUGGCGCUGCUGGCAUUGAAGCGAUCCAUCGACGUCGUCCAGGAUGGCACGGCGGAGCAGAGGGAAAAAGCGCAGCUGUCGGUAAAAUUGGAAAUCAUGGCCGACCUGUGCAAAGAUACCGGCCACCCCGAACAGGCGUCCAAGACCCUACGUUCGAUUUGUACAAGCAUGGUGGAGGAGGGAGUCUUGGCAACGGUCUCGUCGAGCCUCUCUAUCAAGUCUCCGCGACAAGCAUGGUCCGAAACUGAAAAAGCAAGUACACUGUCGCGAUCACUCAGAUCGAUCGCGCGACUCGAUGAUACCUGGAAUGAUUGGACCUUCUUCAUGGCCGAAACAGAGCGCGCGGCUGUUCUCGAGCAUCUCCUGCAGAUUAGCGCAGAGGACUCACAAAAGCCGUUGAAGUUGCACGACCCUGGCAUGGGUGCCUUGCUGCGCAUUUACACCCCUGAAAAAUAUCCGAUCCGCCGCCUGCGAGUUUUGCUGAAGCUCUUUGCGCAUCAGAUCGGUCAGAAGAGUGGCAACCUGCGCGAUGUUUCUGCGCUGUGUGAUCAGGCACUGCGCCACACGAACAAGAAGGACAUGGCAGAUGAUGCUGGCCUGUCCAAGUUCGUCCCUCAUCUACAUCUUCUUCACGCUUCCACCACGGCCCUAGCGUCUGUUGAUGACCCGUUUCCUGUGGAAGCACUCCAGACUUCGGUGACAAGCUGGACCGAGUUGUUGCAGGGCUGCUCCUGCGAAGCCGAUGUACUCAACAGGAUUGACGAGCCCGACGCUCUCCUUCGUCAUCUUUUGUCUGUCAACCAGCUGUCCAGCUUGAGGGGAGAGAGCCGCCUGCAGCUCUCUGUUCUUGAGUUGUGCGUCCACCUUGCGAAGCUCUAUGCGGGUCCAUCGAGCGACGAGGUAGUUGCUUUCCACUGCAAGCUCGCCACGCAGUACAUCAAUAUUGGCCUCUUCACCGAGGCAUCAAAGACGCUGGAAGAACUCCGAAAUCUCAUGCAACAGAACCGCCAGCCGGCCCCGAUGACCAUGACUCAGCUCUAUCUUGCUCAAGCCGAGUACAUGGCUGGGGUUGACGAUGCCAAGUCGGCACUUGCUUGUCUUUCGAAAGUGGCUACAUCAAGUGCACAAGGUGCCAAAUCGAGUGUCCAGGAUAUGGUGGCCGCCGCUCAGGCUUCUCUGAUUCGAUCUGGCCUCGCCCUCAGGUCUGGUGACAUACAACAAGCACUCGAGUCCACAAGGAACAUGGUGCGGCUCCUGUCGCAUGAAUGGACAAGACUUGAAGGCGCUUCCUUGGCUGCCGUGGCGGCAGAAAAUCGCACGCUGGCUGAGAGCGUUCUUGGGAAAGCUCAUCCAAAGAUAUCUCGUGCGCCUUUUGGACCACAACUAUGGGCGCUGGCACCACCCUUGUUCGAGAACUUGAUGCUUCUGUCCUCCAUACAUGCCCACGUGGGUAUGUACCAGGAAACCUUGUUCUACUGCGAGACGGCCAUGAGGGUCGCCGAAGGCUCAGGCUCAUCGCUUUUCCUGGCCACAGCAUCCGCUCGGGCGGCUUCCAUCUUUGUCAAGUCGGAGCAAACCGAAAAGGGGCUUGAGCACCUGGGCGUUGCGUGUACGCACAUGCCAGCCCAGGCGUGCGCUGCGCGGGUGAAGCUCGCCAAACAGAUCGCCGAGGUGCAUCGUGAGCUUGGUGAUGAGGUGAAGGUAGCAGAGUACCUGGCCAUAGCUGAGGAGACAACUCGGCAACUUGGCCAAUUGCAUGGUCCGGCUGCCAGCACUACGACCAGAAGGGCACCCGUUGCACGAACCACCCGUGCAACCAGCUCACGGACUGCAGCAAAGGGGAGCACGAAAGCAAGCACUACGACGAGAGCCGUGAAGAGAGCCCCUGCUGCCAGUAAAACGGCUCAAGCUACAGCAUCAGCUCCGCAAGACACUUUCCAGGCGUCGUUGUUGGCCUCUGUUCUGCUGAGUCGCGCCAGUGCAGCGAUGCAAAAGCAGGACUGGAAGAACGUAGCGUCUUCCUUGGAGCUUGUCAAGGGCUUGCCAAAGCUGUUCGGCGCGCUUCGCCAAGAGCAGCUGAUUACGGCCACUCGAUACCUUUGCAUGAGCGCAGAGCAGAUGAACGACGACCCAGUCUUCUCCAUCAUGCAUGAGUCGACGAUUUCGUUCCCUGCCGUGGUGGGCGUCGCCGAGAAAAGCAAGCGAGAAUCUCUGUCGCCCGGGUUUGCUGAGGCCUUGAAGCAAGCUCAAGAGGUAUUGCUGGAGGCACAUGAAUCAGCCCUUGUCAACGGCGAGAACGCACUUCUCCAUCGCAUCGCAACCUUGCUACAAAGCACGGUCAUCUCGCUGACAGCUGCAUCUGGCCCAGCAACAACCGCUGUCAUCCGGUCCGAAUCGACGACUGUGGCUGUCGAGCUUGCGCGCAACGCGAUGUGGAAGCGUGAGCAACUGACCAUCGAGUCGAGCAAAGAGACCAAGGAUGCCCCUGAUGGUGUGGCAAGCGCGUUGGCGGAGCAGCUGGCCGGACUCGAAUUGCAGUCGGAUAUGGGCCGCUUUCAGCAGCACUUUAUCGAGCUGAUCCCCAAGAAGUGGAAUGUGAUUUCCAUGUCGCUGAGCGAGAACCAUCGCGACUUGUGUAUCACCAAGUUUCAGGCUGGGCACAGUCCGUUCAUCCUACGACUGCCCCUGGAGCGUGCCAAUUCCCGCGACGCCGAUUCCGAGAUCUUUAACUUCCAGCAUGGAAGAGACGAGAUGCUAGACGUGAUUGCGAAUGCUAACCGCACGAGUCACUCGGGGGGCGAUAUGACUUCUAGGGCUGGCCGCAACGCGUGGUGGGCCGAAAGGGAGGCCCUUGACGAGCGCCUCAAGGAGCUUCUCCUGAUCAUGGAGACAACCUGGCUGGGUGGGUUCAAGGGCAUCUUUUCGCACCAUCAACGACGGCCUGACUUACUGGCUCGCUUCCAGAGGAGCUUUCACCAACUGCUUGAGCGCACUUUGCCAUCGCGCAACGGUGGUGGCGGCGGACGUGGCAAGAAGAAGGCAGCCAAGUCCACACCAGCCACGCUGGACCCCCGGAUCUUGGACCUAUUCAUUGGUCUAGGGGACCCCACGGAUCCGACUGUUGACUUUGACGAGGCAUUGAACGAUCUGCUGUACUUUGUGGUGGAUAUCCUGCAGUUUCACGGCGAGCACAACGCGUACGAUGAGAUCGAUUUCGACGCCAUGGUCGUUGAGACCUAUGAUGCCCUCCGAGGAUACUAUGCGGCGCUUCGAGCUGACGGAGACGACAGCAGCGCUGGCACUCACACGAUCCUCGUGCUGGACAAAGCACUGCAUAUCUUUCCCUGGGAGUCCAUGCCCUGUCUGAAGGAGCUUCCCGUGUCAAGAGUCCCCUCCUUGGCGGCACUUCGGAGGCUCAUUACCGAGGCCAAAGCUUCGAAGGAUAAGAUGAACGACGGUGGCGAUGAUGUGGCAGAUGGUCACUACAUUUCCCCUCAGGAGGGAGGAUCGUACAUUCUCAACCCCUCGUCCGACCUGAAGAACACGCAGUCUUACUUUCAGUCCUCUUUUGAGACGCUGCCGUCGACAUGGACAUCCCAUGUCAACGUUGCGCCCACCGAGUCGGCAUUGCAGGAGGCCUACGCUUCAUCGCCGAUACUGCUGUACUUUGGACACGGCGGUGGCGCACAGUACAUCCGCGCAAAAAGGGUUCGCAGUAUCCCGAAGAUUUCCUCCACUGCGUUCCUCAUGGGCUGCAGCUCGGCAGCGUUGAACCGCGCUGGAGAAUUCGAAGUAUACGGCCUAGUGUGGAAUCUGAUGGUGGGUGGUUGCCCAGGCGUAGUAGGCACGCUGUGGGACGUAACGGACAGAGACAUUGACCGGUUUGCGGGUCGGUGUUUCGAACAAUGGGGACUCUUCCCACGCGGCACAUUCAAGGAUGACGGCAAGGGGACCAGCGCCUAUGGCGACGAAGAGGAGCAGGGUGGUCACUGCAGCUUGGCGGAAGCAGUGAUGAAAGCGCGUGCGGCAUGUCGGUUCCGGUAUCUGAACGCGGCUGCGGUGGUAAUGUACGGGAUUCCGGUAUAUAUC